CUACAAGAACCAACAGGCUUUAAAGAAACACAACAAACUAAACCCAAAUUCCAAUUUUCGUAUGAUGCCUAGGGAGAGGGACCCGUUGGUGGUUGGACGUGUGAUAGGAGAUGUUCUCGACAGUUUCACAAAGUCGAUUAACCUUUCUGUAUCAUACAACGAUAGAGAAGUUAACAAUGGAUGCGAGCUAAAACCCUCUCAAGUGGUAAAUCAGCCUAGGGUUGAUAUUGGAGGUGACGACCUUCGGGCUUUUCACACUUUAGUGAUGGUGGAUCCUGAUGCUCCAAGUCCUAGUGACCCUAACCUUAGGGAAUACUUGCAUUGGUUGGUGACCGAUAUACCAGCGACCACGGGAGCACGUUUUGGCCAAGAAAUUGUGUGCUAUGAGAGUCCAAGGCCGUCAAUGGGAAUUCAUCGCAUGGUUUUUGUGUUGUUCCGACAGUUGGGUCGACAAACUGUGUAUGCCCCUGGAUGGCGUCAGAACUUCAAUACUAAAGACUUUGCGGAGCUUUACAACCUUGGUUCUCCGGUGGCAGCAGUCUACUUCAACUGCCAACGUGAAAGUGGGUUUGGUGGGCGAAGAAGAUAAGAUAAAAGCAUGUUGAUGGCAUGCAAUGCCGUUAUAAAUGCAUACGGAUGGCUUGCACACCAUAUUAUCACGAGUCUUUCUAUAUGAUAUAUGUUAUAUGUUAUAUAUCAAAAGAAUGUAUCUAGGAACGAUAGUUAUAAAGGAAUAAGAAACCUACGGGUGAAGUGCGCAGUUGUAAGACGUAAUAGAAAUAGAAACGAUAGCAAAAUGAUG